AUGCCGUUAAUCGACACCUUCGACCACACAACUGAUCCAGUCAACCAUUUGGAAGCUUACAGGACCCUCAUGAUCUUCCAUGCUUGCCCUGGUGAAAUCAUAUUUCGUGUUUUCCCUGUGACACUCAAGGAGUCGGUGCGACUGUGGUUCAGUCAAUUACCAUCGGACUCCGUCACCACUUUUCAACAGCUAAGUGAUUCCUUCUUGAGUCAUUUUAUCGGCGCUCAGCAUCAACGACAUCCAGCAACUCAGCUGCUGAAUAUUCGCCAAACCGACGGGGAAUCGCUACGUAGCUUUAUCACCUGUUUUAAUUCGAAAGCCCUCCAGGUUGAGGAGAAUGAUGAUAAGGUCAUCUUAACAGCCUUCAUGGUCGAUCUAUGCCCGUCGGAUUUCCUCUUCUCCCUCUCAAUACUCGCUCAUGCGGUGUUUGUAAUAGUCAAAUUAUUGGAAGUUGUGGAUUAUUUCCGUCUUUGUCUGUCCUUCCACCAACUUGACCGCCUGCACCUCUAA